AUGAAACCUCCCUCGAACGACCCAGACGAAUCCAACCCAGCCCAAUCUCCAAGCCAUCUCGGUCCGAUAACAAACGGCGAAACCCCCGAGCCACCCAUCCACAAGCCUCCCAACGACACAAUCCGUCUCCAAGUCGGCGAGCGAUCCUUCACAACCACGCGCUCCACCCUAGUAGAGGAAAGCGCCUACUUCGCCUCCCUCCUUUCCGGCCGCUGGGAGACGGCCAGGGCCGACGGCUCGUACUUCGUCGACGCAGACCCGGACCUCUUCGUGCACAUCCUCCGCUACCUGCGCCGCGGCGUCCUCCCCGUCUUCUACGACGUGCAAAAAGGCCACGAUGAGGCGCUGUACGACGCGCUGCUCAAGGAAGCCAGCUUCCUCGGGAUCGCGGAGCUUGAAUCGUACCUGGAGAAUCGAACGUACUUGGACAGGGUGGCGGUGAGCAGCUGGGUUGGGCUGCCCCCCGAGCCUGGGUGGGAUAAUGUCUAUACCGUGCAGUCGGAUGUCAGGAUGGAGUUUCAUGUGCAGUGGGUGGUGCAGAAGGUCUAUCUGUGUCCUCGAGGGAUUAGCUUCCACAAAGGAUCGCCAAGGAGCUGUGGGAGGAAAUGCAUGGAGGCGAAGGGGGAUAAGCCGGAUGAGUAUGAGGAGAGACAUGUGCAGAAAGUAACGGCUGUUAAUACGCGGGUAUCGCUUUUAGACUAG